GAGACACGGAAAGGGAACGAGACAGCGAGAAGAAGAAUAGAAGUACUCCUGCUCUAGUAUUUUCAUUACUACUGGAUAAACUUCCAGUAAUGAAAAAUACUAGCGGAAAUAGAUUCGUUAGUAAAUCCUGCUCUGGAUGUCUCGACUCGACUGCCUUUCGCCUCCUCUCCUUCCCCUUUCUCCCGUCAGUACAACUAAGUAGCCUUCACGACUAAAUCCACCACUACUCUCCCCCCCCACACACCUCACCUCUCUCCCCCCCACCCGCGGCGUCGUCUCCGGAGCCUGGGGCCUCGGCUUCUUCCACCAAACCCUAAUCAUUUGUGGGGGUUGGGAGGCGGUCUCGACUGCGUCGAUCUGCGCCGCGCCGCGGUCGCCCGGCGCGCGAGGGUUGGGCGGUGGUUGCGGCUGCGGGCGGGUCCCCGCGGCGGUCGCAGGCCCGGUGGGCCCCGUCUUGCAGCGGAGGCGGCGCGAGACGUGAGGGAGGAGGAGGUGUAGAUUCCCUGCGAGGAAUGAGGUGGAGGCUGGCGGGGGCGGGGGUGGCUCCCGCGCGGCGGUGAAUGGAAGCGGCGGGACGCUGCGGGGGCGAGCUUACAUGGAGGCCAGGGCCUCGCCCGGCGGCGGGAGCGGGAGGGUGCUUUGGCUCGUGAGUCUCAAGAUUGUGUUGAUUCUAGUCUGGUCUGGAGGAGCUAGUGCGAAUUCCGAUGAUGGCAAAGCAUUAUCUCUGGAAGGUGCUGAUGCUGCAGAGAAGGAUGCUUACCUUAGCCAUUCCUGCAUCCAUGACGAGAUACUACAUCAGCGGCGCCGAGCUGGUCGGAAGGAGUAUUCUGUCAUGCCACAAGUCUACCAUGUGCCGCGAGAGAAAGUGGAGCGCCUAAGAGGAAGACACUUGUUGGGGCUGUCAUCUUGGCGUGCUCCACAAAGUAAUGUCAAGAAACCAAUACGGAUAUACCUCAACUAUGAUGCUGUCGGGCACUCGCCUGACCGGGAUUGUAAAAAUGUCGGUGAUAUCGUUAAGCUCGGCGAACCACCUGUACCAUCGGCACCAGGAACACCUAUAUGUUCUCCUCACGGAGACCCACCAUUGGUGGGAGAUUGCUGGUACAACUGCACCUUCGAGGAUAUAGCUGGGGAGGACAAGAAGCAACGACUUCGGAAGGCACUGGGACAAACAGUAGAGUGGUUCAGGAAAGCUUUAGCUGUUGAACCUGUCAAGGGGAACCUGCGGCUCAGUGGGUACUCUGCUUGUGGUCAGGAUGGGGGCGUACAGCUUCCCCAUGCAUAUAUUGAAGAUGGUGUUGCCAAUGCUGAUUUGGUACUCUUAGUAACAACUAGACCAACAACAGGCAACACCCUUGCAUGGGCUGUAGCUUGUGAACGGGACCAAUGGGGUCGUGCAAUUGCAGGACAUGUUAAUGUGGCCCCUCGUCAUUUAACUGCUGAAGCAGAAACAUUACUUUCAGCUACUUUGAUACAUGAGGUCAUGCAUGUUCUAGGCUUUGACCCUCAUGCCUUCACACAUUUUCGUGAUGAAAGGAAAAGGAGGCGUGGCCAGGUUACUGUUCAGGCAUUAGACGAAAAGCUUGGAAGAAUGGUUACUCGUGUUGUCCUUCCUCGUGUUGUCAUGCACUCCCGGCAUCAUUAUGGAGCAUUUUCCCAGAACUUCAGUGGGUUGGAAUUGGAAGAUGGCGGAGGCAGGGGUACCUCAGGCUCACAUUGGGAGAAAAGACUCUUAAUGAAUGAGAUCAUGACAGGAUCGGUUGACACAAGAUCAGUGGUUUCAAAGAUGACUUUAGCAUUAUUGGAGGACAGUGGAUGGUAUCAAGCUAAUUAUAGCAUGGCUGAACAUUUAGAUUGGGGUCGAAAUCAGGGAACAGAGUUUGUGAUCUCUCCCUGCAAUUCGUGGAAAGGGGCAUACCGCUGCAACACAACUCAAUUAUCAGGAUGCACGUACAAUAGGGAAGCAGAAGGUUACUGCCCUAUAGUAAGCUAUAGUGGGGACUUGCCCAAAUGGGCUCAAUAUUUCCCUCAAGCCAAUAAAGGGGGGCAGUCAUCACUAGCUGAUUAUUGCACAUAUUUUGUUGCUUAUUCCGAUGGCUCAUGCACUGAUGUAAAUAGUGCACGGGCGCCUGACAGAAUGUUAGGUGAAGUACGGGGAAGUAACUCGAGGUGUAUGGCAUCAACACUGGUGCGAACUGGGUUUGUCCGUGGAUCUAUGACCCAGGGAAAUGGCUGUUAUCAGCAUCGCUGCACAAAUAACUCCUUAGAGGUUGCUGUUGAUGGGAUUUGGAAGUCGUGUCCAGAAUCUGGUGGCCCGGUUCAGUUCCCAGGAUUCAAUGGGGAUUUGAGUUGCCCAGCAUAUCAUGAAUUGUGCAACACUGUACCAGUCCAGGUGAGUGGCCAGUGUCCCAAGUCGUGCAGUUUUAAUGGUGACUGCAUUGAUGGAACCUGCCACUGCUUCCCUGGGUUUCAUGACCAUGACUGUAGCAGAAGAUCUUGCCCAGACAAGUGCAGUGGUCAUGGUUUAUGCAAAGCUAAUGGGAUCUGUGAAUGUGAAAGUGGCUGGACUGGGAUUGACUGCUCAACAGCGGUUUGUGAUGAACAGUGUAGUUUGCAUGGAGGGGUUUGUGAUAAUGGUAAAUGUGAGUUCCGAUGUUCUGAUUAUGCGGGCUACACUUGUCAGAAGGGUUCGACCAUACUGCCCAGCCUGUCAAUGUGUCAUGAUGUACUGGUUAGGGAUUCUGACGGGCAACAUUGUGCACCAAGCGAACUCAGUAUACUACAACAGCUUGAAGCAGUAGUUCUUGUGCCGAAUUACAAUAGGUUGAUGCCAAGUGGACGGACCUUCCUUAACUUCUUCAACAAUGCAAAUUGUGCAGCAGCUGCGAAGCGACUAGCCUGCUGGAUUUCAAUUCAAAGGUGCGACGAGGAUGGAGACAACAGGCUUCGGGUAUGCUACUCCGCAUGCGAGUUGUACAAUACGGCAUGUGGGGCGGGUCUCGAUUGCUCGGACCAGACCCUUUUUAGCAAGAGGGAAGAAGAAGAGAAGGGUGUCCCGUGCACAGGAUAUGGCGAGAAGAAGUCUUUCUGGCUAUAACUGUCCUGGGAGCUUCUUCCUUUUAUUAACUCUGGCCGAAGCUCAGAGGUGUAAAGUAUAAGUGGCAAUGCCCUAUCCAUAUUCAUUUUCGUUUUUUAGCCAAUACUUUCCAAUUGUAGGAUACGGAAAGUAGAGGUUCAUUUCACCUAGGCAUCUGAAGAUGGGUGCCUGGUGUAUAAGCAGUAUUUGGGUCGGCUCUUUGUUUAGAAGGUUAGUCUGACUGGAAGAAGGGAGUGGGAAGCUGGGGUUGGAUGGUAGAUUUUCUUUUUGUUAUUUUCCGUCGCUUCAGAAAUAGUGGAGGGAAUGUAAAUGCUGAUGUGUGUUGUAAUCCGUGAUUACAUUCUUAACAGAGCAUUUUAAUGAGAGAAGACCCUGUACUGUAUCUUGUGAUUAA